AUGCAGGGAGCCUGUCUGCUGCUGCUGCUGGGUCUCCAGCUACAGCUGUCACUUAGUGUCAUCCCAGUGGAGGAGGAGAACCCAGCCUUCUGGAACCAAAAGGCAGCCGAGGCCCUGAAUGUUGCCAAGAAGCUGCAGCCCAUUCAGACAUCAGCCAAGAACCUCAUCAUCUUCCUGGGGGAUGGAAUGGGGGUGCCCACAGUAACAGCAACUCGGAUCCUAAAGGGACAACUGGAAGGUCAUCUAGGACCUGAGACACCCCUAGCCAUGGACAGCUUCCCAUACAUGGCUCUGUCCAAGACAUACAGUGUGGACAGACAAGUCCCAGACAGCGCAAGCACAGCCACAGCCUACCUGUGCGGGGUCAAGACCAACUACAAGACCAUUGGUGUGAGUGCAGCUGCUCGGUUUGACCAGUGCAACACCACAUUUGGCAACGAGGUCAUCUCAGUGAUGUAUCGUGCCAAGCAAGCAGGAAAAUCUGUGGGAGUGGUGACCACCACCAGGGUGCAGCACGCCUCUCCGGCGGGCACCUAUGUUCACACGGUGAACCGUAACUGGUAUGGGGAUGCUGAUAUGCCGGCCUCAGCACUACAGGAGGGCUGCAAGGACAUUGCCACACAACUCAUCUCCAACAUGGACAUUAACGUGAUCCUUGGUGGGGGUCGAAAAUACAUGUUUCCUGCAGGAACCCCAGACCCUGAGUAUCCAAACGAUGUUAACCAGACCGGAACUAGGCUUGAUGGCCGGAACCUGGUGCAGGAAUGGCUGUCGAAGCACCAGGGAUCCCAGUAUGUUUGGAACCGUGAAGAACUCAUCCAGAAGUCCCUGGAUCCAUCAGUGACAUACCUCAUGGGCCUCUUUGAGCCUGUAGACACAAAAUUCGAGAUACAACGAGACCCCUUGAUGGAUCCAUCUCUGAAGGACAUGACAGAGGCAGCCCUGAGGGUGCUGAGCAGGAACCCCAAAGGCUUCUACCUCUUUGUGGAGGGGGGCCGAAUCGACCGUGGUCACCAUCUGGGCACAGCUUAUCUGGCGCUGACUGAGGCUGUCAUGUUCGACACAGCCAUCGAGAAGGCCAGCCAGCUCACCAGCGAGAAGGACACACUGACCAUAGUCACCGCUGAUCACUCCCAUGUCUUCUCCUUUGGUGGCUAUACACUUCGGGGCACCUCCAUCUUCGGGCUGGCACCCCUCAAAGCUCUGGAUGGCAAGUCCUACACCUCCAUCCUGUACGGCAACGGCCCAGGCUACGUUGGUACAGGCGAAAGACCCAACGUCACCGCCGCUGAAAGCCGUGACCCCUCGUACCAGCAACAGGCGGCUGUGCCGGUGAAGUCGGAGACCCACGGCGGGGAGGACGUGGCGAUAUUUGCGCGUGGCCCGCAGGCACACCUGCUGCACGGAGUGCAGGAGGAGAACUACAUCGCCCACGUCAUGGCCUUUGCAGGCUGCCUGGAGCCCUACACCAACUGCGGUCUGGCGCCCCCUGCGGACGACAGCAGUGCAACAGCCCCGGGCCAGACCUCCACGACAACCAGACAGACCACCACCACCAGCCAGACCACCACCCCUGUCCAGAGCAGCGCCGGUAGCCUAGGCCCAGCCACCACCCCGCUGCCCCUGACUCUGCUGGCCGGAACCCUGCUGCUGCUGCUGGGAGCUGCUGCAGAGUCCUAA